GCCAGUGUACUGAAUUAGACACACUGAUUCCACUACAGUUUAAAGUGUCUAAGCUACUACUUGUUGGUGAUCCUCAACAGCUCACAGCCACAGUGUUGUCAGAGAAAGCAAAAGAGUUUGGCUUUCAACAGUCUCUGUUUGAACGUAUGUAUAAAAACUUCAGAGGACAGCUGACUCUACAAAGGAACCCAGUGCACCUGUUGAGGACUCAGUAUCGAAUGCAUCCAGAAAUCUGCAGCUUUCCAUCAAAGCACUUCUACAAUAAUAAAUUAAAAACCUCUCUGCCUGAACCUACCAAAAGAAAAUAUGACUCCUUUCCAUUUAGACCUUACUUGCUAUUUGACAUCAUAGAAGAUGGAGAAAGGUCAACAGACAAGGAUAUCAUAAACAAAGCAGAAUGUCAAAUGGUAUCCGCUUUAGUUUCGCUUCUGGUUGCCAUUGAGAAGUUUAGAAUUGGCAUCAUAACACUGUGUGAACAACACAAGAUUUUGCUGAAUGAAAAAAUAAAAAGACUGACCAACACUAAUGAAAGUAUUGGGCAAAAUGUUGAGAUUUCUACUGUUGAUGGCUUUCAAGGGCAUGAGAAAGAUGUCAUUAUUUUGUUUUGUGUCAGAGCAAGAGGGAGCGGCAUUGGGUUUGUUUACUAA